GAGAGCUCUGUUGAUCAGAGGUAUUCCUUUAAACUGCUUGUGAGGGGAUACCAAAGAGACCGAAUGGUAUUCAUCAACACGACCACUCUACGCUUCAACCCCAGGACUUUCUCCACCUUCAUCCAGACUGAUAAACACAACUAUAGACCAGGAGACACGGUCAAAAUGAGAGUCCUGUCCGUCCAACCAGAUGGCAAGCCACACAAGGGCCGUGUGUAUAUCUCAAUAAGGGAUCCCAAAGGGAACCUCAUCCAAGGGUGGCCGUCCCUGAACAGUUACCUGGGCGUUGUGUCCAAAGAAUUCCACUUGUCUCAGAACACUCCCCUCGGCAUAUGGACCAUCGAGACCAUGGUGGAUGAGUUGACCACAGAGGAGCAGUUCAUAGUGGAUUACUAUGGUAAGAUUAUCCUAACUAUGUUGCCAUAG